UCGAAAAUGUCAGUGCGUAUCGAUGUUAUCAGGAUGUUAUCAGCUUGAUUUGGUUUGUUUCGUGCAGUUCAUUCGAUAAUCUUUACUGCGUCUCGUGCGUGUAGUUAACAAUCUUAUUCUCGGAGUUUGUGCCUACGCUACGAUAUUCCGAUGUUAUGAGCAUCAACUGAGCUGAAUUCCGUACUCAAUUCCACCCACUAUGCUCAGAACAAGAAAAUUAUUCAGUUAUCUAUCCCGGAGAUCGCUCUCCUCUGCCCUGUACAUCACAGGUGAUAAGGCGAAAGAACAGUACGCCCCACUAGUUCCCUAUCUGGAUUUCCAGGCGAAACUCUCGGAUCUUGAAAAGUUGCAGCACAACCUGAAACUUCGCCGGUACCAGUUGGAUUUCGAGGCACUGAAGCAACAGUGGGAUCUGUACCGAUCGAUCGAGUUACGCAAGCGAGAGAUUGAAGUCAGGAGAGUUCAGUUGAGAGAUGAAAUUAAUAAGUCAAAGAAUGAGGACGAGAUUAAACAGCUUAAGAUGCAGGCCACACUUGCCAAAGAUGAUUUGAAAACGCUGAAAGAAAGUGGGUAUGCCGUGGCAGAUAAGUUUGUUGCCGGAACAUUCCUGUCCAUUCCGAAUGAGCUGCACGAAAGGACACCGGACGGACAGGAAGUGGUGUUAUACGAGCAGGGCUCGUCGAAGGAAGCUAGUCCGAUUGGAGAAAAGUGGCUGGAGAAGUAUGAUUCGACGUGCUUUUACAUGACUGAGGAUGCCGCUUUGAUGGACCUGUUCAUUCCUAUGAACUGCGCCGGUGUACUUCAAGAUGCUGGAUAUGUGUUAUUUUCUAAUCCGGAUUUCGUCCGUAGCGUUCUGGUUGAGGCAGCACGUGAGGAUCCACACUCUAUCUACCAGAUCAACGAAGAAGUGGGGCUAGAUCACAAACUAAACUUGUUGCAUUUGUGCGGUGGAGGAUCCAUGUUAAGCUUUCUGGGGUACCUGACAAAACUCUCUGUGUUCCCCUCGGCACUACCGUUGAGAUUGGUGGCCAUUGGUAAACAGUAUUUUUACAACAAGACGCAAACCAGUGCCGUGCAGAUGUUGGGUGCGGCUCGGGAAAGCCUAGAGGCAGUUCAAAUAUUUGAUGAAACAAUCGAGCUGUAUAAAAGGUUCUAUGAUCAGCUGGAGUUGAGAUACAGAAUGGUGCAGGUGCCGGCACACCAGUUGGAAGCAUCGGAAGCAAUGCGAGUAGAUGUGGAGCUCUACAGCCCACGGAGCGAAGGUUUCGUGAAAGUUGGUAACAUUUGCUACUAUGCCGAUUUCAUCAGCAAGCGGAUAGCGUUCAACUAUCACGAAGGGAAGGCGCAGAAGUUUCCCCACCUUGUUUCCGGAACUGUUCUGAGAGCUAAUGAUUUAAUAGAGGUGCUAUUGCAGCAUGGUGUUCGUUAUGAAGAUUUGAAAUUUCUCAAACGAUAGAAUAGAAUAAAGUCACUAGUCUUAGAAUACAAAAUAUAUAUUAUCACUCUUUUCUUUCAAACUAACAAAUAUAUGAUAACAGAUUUGAUAAAGCU